GCCUGCCACUCAACACAAAACUGGAAAACACAAAAAUCUCCUGACUCUGACGUUAUUUCUCUAUUCAGCAAAAUAUCCAGAUAUUACCAAUCAAAUUUACCGCCACGCGUUUUAGGGAAGAUAACACUGUCUGCCGUUAUUCUGUCAAGUAUGUGCGCGUGGAGGACAUGGCACACCGGCUGCGCUACUUAGACACCGGACUGACCGCACCGGGGAACUGCGAUGCCUGAAAAAAAACGCGGAGAAAACUGAGGUUGAGUUUUGGGGAUUUUAUUUUGUGAAGAGUCUCCGGGUGGAACUGGUUCCCUCUUCUGUCAGUCUGUUACUGGGUACAACUCACGGGGGGCAGUCAUGUUCACUUGGAGUAAGGCUUGCGGUGCCUCGCGAUGUCGGGCCGUUGCUGGAGGGAGGCAUACGGCCCGGAACGGCACCGGGACAUCAUCUUCCUCCUCGUGUGACCUGGGUCCCGGUGCCAGUCAGCGGCUCUACUGCACGUGUCUGCUGCUACUGCUGGUUCUGACACCGAGAGUGGACUCUUCGUGGUGGUACAUUGGUGCAUUGGGAGCACGUGUGAUCUGUGACAACAUCCCAGGGCUGGUCAAUAAGCAGCGUCAGCUGUGCCAACGCCAUCCUGAUGUCAUGACCUCUCUCGGAGCGGGAGCUCAGGACUGGAUCAGGGAGUGUCAGCACCAGUUUAGACAUCAUCGCUGGAACUGCUCCACCCUGGACCGAGACCACACCGUUUUCGGACGAGUCAUGCUUCGGAGUAGCCGUGAGGCAGCGUUUGUGUAUGCGGUGUCGUCUGCAGGCGUGGUCUACGCCCUUACAAGGGCCUGCAGCCAGGGGGAGCUGAGGAGCUGCUCAUGCGACCCUGGGAAACGGGGCCGAGCAUCUGAUCAGCGAGGAGACUUUGACUGGGGCGGCUGCAGCGACAACAUCAACUAUGGGAUAAAGUUUGCAAAAGUUUUUAUAGAUGCCAAGGAGAAGACUGUCCGGGAUGCCAGGGCUCUGAUGAACCUUCACAACAAUCGCUGUGGACGCGUGGCAGUGAAGCGUUUUAUGAAGUUGGAGUGUAAGUGUCAUGGCGUGAGUGGCUCCUGUACGCUGCGGACCUGCUGGUCGGCCAUGUCGGACUUCCGCAAGACUGGGGACUUCCUCCGGCGUAAAUAUAAUGGAGCAGUGGAGGUGACCAUGAAUCAGGAUGGCACAGGGUUCACCACAGCCAAUCAGGACUUCAGAAAGGCCACUAAGAAUGAUCUGGUCUACUUUGAGAACUCUCCAGAUUACUGUCUGACCGACAAACAAGCAGGAUCUCUGGGCACUGCUGGGCGUGUGUGUAAUAAGUCGUCUCGUGGCACUGAUGGCUGUGAGGUCAUGUGUUGUGGGCGUGGUUAUGACACCACACGUGUGACGCGUGUCACUAAGUGUGAGUGUAAGUUUAAGUGGUGCUGUGCCGUUGAAUGCAGAGACUGCGAGGAAGCAGUGGAUAUUCACACGUGCAAGCCCCCUAAGCGCGCCGAUUGGCUGGACCAGACUUGAGGCCACACCCAUGAUCAUAGCUCCUGCCCUCUGCAGGUUAACCUUUGGCACAUGGUGUUCUGGGAUGUGUCCAAACUGUUCUACGUCCGGCCUCCUUCCUCAUUGCAUGGCUUUUACUGCUGUCUCUGUGAAACUGCACAUCCCGUCACCCACCUGGGGUUCUGAACUACAACUCCCAAAUCUCUCCUCUACUGCACAUGCUCAGAUUGACACAUUUGUUUGGGCUGGAAUGUCAAGUGACAAGAAUGGAGCUCUGUGAUUGGGUGAUGAAAACUACAGACAGGGAUUGUGGGUUACGUAGAGGUCGUUUUCUAUUGUGUUGAUAGAUCAAAAGGAUUGCUGCUUUAAAGACACAUUACAUAACUAAGGCCCCUAGGCCUAACUGUAUCAUCCCCUAUGAACCAAUAUCACUGUGUAUAAUCCAAUAUCAUCUAUAUAAUCCAAUAUCAUCUAGUAUAUUCCAGUAUCAGCUACAAACAUUCCAUAUCAUCCUGUCUAUUCCAGUGUCAUCCUGUAUCCCCCAGUAUCAUCCCAUAUCAUUCAAUAUAAUCCAAUAUCAUCCAGUAUCAUCCCAUAUCAUUCAGUAUAAUCCAAUAUCAUCCAGUAUCAUCCCCUAUCAUCCAGUAUAAUCAGGUACCAUCCAGUAUCAUCCUGUAUUAUCUAGUAUUAUCCAUUAUCAUCCCAGAUCACCCACUAUAAUCAGGUAACAUCCAGUAUCAGCCCAUAACAUCUUAUCAGUCAGUAUCAUCCAGUAUCCUCCCAUAACAUCUUAUCAGUCAAUAUCAUCCAAUAUCCUCCCAUAACAUCUUGUCAGUCAAUAACAUCCAGUAUCCUCCCAUAACAUCUUGUCAGUCAAUAUCAUCCAGUAUGAUCCCAUAAUAUCUUAUCAGUCAGUAUCUUGUUUCACAUAUCUUAUGGGGAAACAUUUAUUUUGUCUGGCCUGUUGAAAUGGAUAGACAGGAACAAGCUCUGUGACAGGAAGAACGAAGUGGACAGAUAACAAACUUUAAUCGGAACUUUGUGGACUGAAGCAAAACGCUGUACUGGACUGAAACAGAAUGCUGUACUGGACUGAAUCAGAACGCUGUACUGGACUGAAUCAGAACGCUGUACUGGACUGAAACGGAGCGCUAUACUGGAUUGAAACAACACUGUACUGGACUGAAACAGAACGCUGUACUGGACUGAAACGGAACGCAAUACUGGAUUGAAACAACACUGUACUGGACUGAAAGCUGUACUGGACUGAACCAUUUAUUAAAAGGGAUGUUCUGUCUCACCUCUCUGAUAUUGAAUGAAAGUACAGCGAGGAGAAUGACAUCACAUCUCCUUGUUUCCGCUGUUGUUUUACUGUCCAACUGAUGUCUUUAAAUACAAUGUGUUGAUGUAU